AUGUACGGAGAGAGGAGGAUCAAACUUUGGUGCAAGGUGGUUGCCAGCAGGCCUAAUCCACAUUUGCGCCUAGUCUACUACGUUCAUUUUGGUUUAGUAAAAGUCGGUUUGAGCCUAAGGGCUUAUGCUACUGGAAGAAUGAGGAUAGGUUCACAACAUGGAGAUGUGGAGUGGCUGGCAGUCAACUUGACAGGAAAAAAGUCUCGAGGUCCAAAUUGGAUGCUAUGGAAUAGAAGAGUAAAAGUUUUCAUCUCGCACUGUAUCAAAAGCGUUGUCAGGUCAGGUCUAUGCGACCAUUCAAUUCAGAGAGCAGAGUCGAGAACGUCAGCUAACCGCGUUUCUUGA